UGUGCAGGGUGUGCAUGCCCAUGGCCAGGCCCCAGGGCGGCCUCGAGCCCACAUCCCCUGAGAAGGGUCUCGCUGUGUCCUUGGACCUUCUUGGCUGGGGCUCUUGGGAUCCCUGCCUGGACACUGAGGAGCCGGUUUCCGUAAUGGUGAUUCAUGACCCUCCUGGGGCUCUGCAGAUGUUGGAGAGGAGGAGAAAUGAGAGCAGCUGUAAUUCAGCCAGCUCCAGAGGCUCAGAUGUGACCACGCUGGGAGGAGUGGGGCCGGGCGCUCACUGCGUGCUGCUCACACCUUGCUCUUCUGCAGUACGAUGCCGUGUCUGACCUUUACUUUGAGAAUGUCAUGCAGUUCUACAACUUCUCGGCCAGGGUCACGGCCGACCAGCUCCGGAAACCACCAAACCGGGACCAGUGGAGCAUGACGCCUCCAACAGUCAACGCGUACUACUCUCCUACCAAGAAUGAGAUCGUCUUCCCUGCCGGCAUCCUCCAGGCCCCUUUUUACACCCGCGCCUCUCCCAAGUCGCUGAACUUUGGUGGGAUUGGUGUGGUGGUGGGCCAUGAGCUGACACACGCCUUUGAUGACCAAGGUCGGGAAUACGACAAGGAUGGCAACCUGCGUCCCUGGUGGAAGAACUCCUCAGUAGAGGCCUUCAAGCGGCAGACAGCAUGCAUGGUGGAGCAGUACAGCAACUACACCAUCAAUGGGGAGGCUGUCAAUGGCAAGCACACCCUUGGGGAGAACAUCGCUGAUAAUGGGGGGCUCAAGGCUGCCUACCGGGCAUAUCAAAACUGGCUGAAAAAGAACGGGGAGGAGGAGACUCUCCCGACCCUCGGCCUCACCAACCACCAGCUCUUCUUCGUCGGCUUCGCGCAGGUGUGGUGCUCGGUUCGCACGCCGGAGAGCUCUCACGAAGGGCUCAUCACCGACCCGCACAGCCCCUCGCGCUUCCGCGUCAUCGGCACUGUCUCCAACUCCUGGGAGUUUGCAGAGCAUUUCAGCUGCCCCCUGGGCUCCCCCAUGAACCCCCCCAAAAAGUGUGAGGUCUGGUGAUGGGCGGGCGUCGGGAUCCGGCCGCGUCGUCCUGUGCCGGCGGCUGAAUUUCCCCAUCCCUUUGAGAGGCUCAGACCACUUAGCGCAGCGAGCUGCCCGGCUCUCACUGGAGCAGCGUCCCCGGUGUCAGCCGAGGUCCGAUGGAUCCACUGUGAAAACUUCUCUUCCCCUCGCUUGUUUGUGAAAUGACUUCGAUGUGGGGAGGUUUCUGUCCCACGUGCCAGGGCGCUGCCCCGUAUUUACACACGCAGCGCUAAGCCUGGCCCUAACAGGAGCCCAAACCCUGAGCCCGGCACCGUCCUCCUCCGAGGCAUGAAGGGAAUGCCGUGGCGCUGGCAGGCUGGGCUGUGUGUCUAAAUACAGCCGGCACAACCUCCUCUCUCCAAAGAUGCGCACACGAGGAUGGUAAAUAUUUUGAGACGUAUUUCAGGGCAGGGGAGGGUGGAGGGGAAAUAUAUAUUUUUUUUUCAUGCAUUUUGGAAUACACUGGAAAAGUUCAGGGAAAAUACAUUUUAAAGCCUUUUUUUUUUUUUUUUUUUUUUUUAAAGCAAAGAAUUAGUAUAUUUAUUAUUUUUUUAUACUCAGUGCAGCUGUAGACACAGCGCCCUGUGGUGACAGUUCCCAGCUGGGGAGUUCAGGUGGGUUGCGGCCAGCUGGCCCCACAGCCUAUGGAUCUCCAGGAGGGACCGUCCUCGGAGGAUGCUGAUGGGGACAGUGGGGACAGGGCCCAGGGAUGGUGUCGACGGAGCCCUGUCAGAGGCUGGAUCACAGGAGGGCUCUGUUGGGAUGCUGCAGCUCCUGAGGUUAGCUUUAAUUUCUGAGUGCAAAGGGAAAAGUUGAUGUGCCAAAGAUGUAAGCGAGGUGGGAGUUGUGGUGGUGAAGCUGCUGGGCACCGCUUCUGCCUGGCCCGGGUUCUGUCCCAGGUUCGCAGAGCGCCUGUCCCUGCAGGACAGGGAGCCCAGGAAGCAGCAUGGCGAGAGCAGCUGCAGGGGUGGCCCUGCAUCCCUCCCAUCCCCGUAACAGGAGGUUGGCCGCAGCCUCCCGGCCCGGUAUUGCUCCAGACAAGUGCAGGCAGUCCUCGCUGCCAUUUUGCUCGCUGCUGUGCCCCCGUGCCAGGGAGCUGUGAGCCCUGCAUGCCCCUGCUUCAUCCCAGCAUGGCUGGGGCCGGUGCAAAGCUGGCAGGGUGGGCGCAGGGUCCUCCGGGGCUUUUUAAUACUCUUCUUUGCAGUUUAGAAAAGAAACCACUGACAGUAGCUCAGGUGCCACAUGUUGUCUUGCAGCACCUCUAGACAGAAAGCGAAGAUGUAGAGGGAUUUUUAAUAUUUAUAUGUAAAAGGGACAUGGGGGGAAUUUUUUUUUUGUAUCUAUUUUUUCACCCUACAUGUGGAGCUUAUCAUAACUGAAAUAAAUACUUUUUACUGGGUCUGCA